UUUGGCAUGUUAAAUGUUUCACAGAAAAAUGAUGCAAAAUGUGCAUCUGGCUCCUGAGGCUGAUGAAGAUGAUCUUUAUUCUGGCUACAAUGAUUAUAAUCCCACGUUUGACACAGAGGAUUUAGAAAAUGAUGUAGCUUUUCAACAGGCAGCAAGAACAAGUCAUGGUAGAAGACCCCCUGUGACAGCCAAAAUUCCUGGUACAUCAGCUUCAAGACCUUUAGCUACUGGAUUUGGGUCAAAGACAACUUUAACUUCAUCUAUGGGAAGACCAAUGACAGGGGCUAUACAGGAUGGGGUUGCUCGACCAAUGACAGCAGUGCAUGCUGCGGGUUACACUAAGGCAGCUAUGAGAGGUUCUUCAUUUGAUCCUCUUGGCCAAGCAAGAGGUCCUGCUCCACCUCUGGAAAUGAAAAAUUCAGACAGUUCAGAAGAGAAGAUUAGGCAGUUGGAAAAAAAAGUAAACGAACUGGUUGAAGAAAGCUGCAUUGCCAACAGCUGUGGAGACUUGAAAUUGGCUCUGGAAAAAGCAAAAGAGGCUGGAAGAAAGGAAAGAGUAUUGGUGAGACAACGUGAACAAAUUGCUACUCCAGAAAACAUCAACUUAGACCUCACUUACUCAGUUCUUUUCAAUCUGGCCAGUCAGUAUGCUGCUAAUGAAAUGUAUGCUGAAGCACUGAAUACUUACCAAGUUAUAGUGAAGAAUAAGAUGUUCAGCAAUGGAGGUAGACUGAAGGUGAAUAUGGGAAAUAUAUAUUUAAAGCAACGGAACUAUUCCAAAGCUAUCAAAUUCUACCGUAUGGCUCUAGACCAGAUUCCUAGUGUCCACAAAGAGAUGAGAAUUAAAAUAAUGCAAAAUAUCGGAGUUGCAUUUAUUAAAACUGGCCAAUACGUUGAUGCCAUUUCUUCAUUUGAACAUAUAAUGAGCAUGUCCCCAAACCUGAAGGCAGGCUUCAACUUGAUCCUAUGUUAUUUUGCUAUUGGAAACGGUGAGCAAAUGAAAAAAGCCUUCCAAAAACUGAUUGCAGUUCCCUUGGAAGUGGAUUAUGAUGACAAAUACAUUUCAACAAAUGAUGAUCCACAUACAAAUCUACUGAUUGAAGCCAUUAAAAAUGACAGCUUAAGACAAAUAGAACGUGAGAGGAAAUCCAUGGCAGAGGAAUACAUCAUGACAGCUGCUAAACUCAUUGCACCAGUAAUUGAGACAUCUUUUGCAGUGGGCUAUGACUGGUGUGUUGAAGUAGUAAAAGCUUCCCACUAUGUAGAGUUAGCCAAUGACUUGGAAAUAAAUAAAGCCACUACUUACUUGAGGCAGCAGGAUUUUAACCAGGCAUUGGAAACUUUAAAAAUGUUUGAGAAAAAGGAUAGCAGAGUAAAGAGUGCAGCUGCAACAAACCUUUCAUUCCUUUAUUAUUUGGAGAAUGAAUUGGCACAAGCAGCUAACUAUGCAGAUUUAGCUGUAAAUUCUGAUAGGUACAAUCCAGCAGCUCUAACUAACAAAGGAAAUACUGUUUUUGCAAGCGGAGACUAUGAAAAAACAGCUGAGUUUUAUAAGGAAGCUCUCAGGAAUGAUUCCUCAUGCACUGAAGCACUUUAUAAUCUUGGUUUAACAUACAAGAAGUUAAACAGAAUAGAUGAAGCUUUGGAUUAUUUUCUGAAACUCCAUGCAAUCCUUCGAAAUAGUGCCCAAGUCCUUUACCAGAUAGCAAACAUAUAUGAGAUCAUGCAAGAUCCCAAUCAAGCCAUAGAGUGGCUCCCUCAGUUGAUCAGUGUAGUACCAACUGAUCCACAUGUACUUUCAAAGCUAGGGAAAUUAUAUGACAAUGAAGGUGAUAAAUCCCAAGCUUUUCAUUAUUACUAUGAGUCAUACCGGUAUUUCCCUUCAAACAUUGAGGUCAUUGAGUGGCUUGGAGCCUAUUACAUUGACACUCAGUUUUGUGAAAAAGCCAUUGAGUACUUUGAAAGAGCAGCACUAAUCCU